UCUGGAUUGAGGGAGCCGCCCUAGGAGUCGAGUGGUCCUCCAAAUUCUCCCUCGCCCUCAACAGCGCUGUCACGGCUUAUAACCUGACGCUGACCAAAGUACACGAGACUCAGCCCUUCACUUCAGUUACGAUGUACCACGCCACUGCACUUCGACACCAGUUCGAAGACCUGGCUGCCAACACCGCGUACAAAGGGCGUCUGGUGGCACUCGUAGGGCAACAUUACUGGCCCUACAGCCUCCUCGGGUUCAACUUCACAUCUCCUGUGCUGAAGACAGGUCACGGGCUGGGUCAGUCACAGGGACGAGUGGCCAGUGACAUUUCAGACCUGGAGGACGUGAACGUUGCUGUUGCUCUCCGUUGGUCACCCGCGCCCUUCGUCAUGGGCCUCGGGGUAGGGGGCCGAGCCUCGCAUCCCACGGGGUACCGGCUGAGCGUCUGGGACCACAAACAGCUGGUGCAGGAGAUCACGACCUCCGUCAGCGACACCGACAAGGGCUGCGGGCAUUUCCCAAGAACCCUCGCCUCGCACGCAGUCAAGGUACCGGGGGGGCUAUGA